GAUAAACAAGUCAUUAGUUUUAAGGAAAACAAAGCACAUCUUUAAGAAAAACAUUAAGAUGAAAAAAUAAACAUAUCAGCUAUCACAUUGAAUUAUCAAGGAAGAAAAAAUGGACCGGACAUCAGAAACAUCAGCAGGGACAGGAUCAACCGUUGGAGAUGUGUUGGGGAUCCCAGGUACACCACGCGAUCCUCUGUAUAAUGAACUGUCCAUAUUAUUGGUCUGUUUGGGCUUGCUAUUCAUCAGCGGUAUCACCGUUUUCCUACGCUGUAGUUAUUAUAGGAAAGUAAAAUCAGGACUCGGCAGAGGGUUUCCAGGCAGUGUUGAGGUUUCAGCAUCUGGUGAAUCAUAUUUAUCGGAAACUCUCGGGAACAGAAAUCAAACAAUGCAGACAGAUAAUUACUUUGUAUUAGAGAAAGAGGAGGGAUCAAACGGAAGUUUAUCUCGGAAGUGUUCGCAACAAAUACAUGCUCAAAAGAAACCAAAUAAUUACUUCACUGUGGAAUAUAAUUAUAUUCUCAAUACCUUUGAAACUGUUGAGGAGACUCAUCAUAGGGAAAGUUUGAAUGAUCAUUUCAUUACAAAAAGACAGUCACAGGAUAGUGUUUAUAAUACUCUUCAUUCCCAUGAUUCUUCUUCAGUUGAUGCAACAAAUACCUAUAGUCAUACCAGUGAAUUAGAUGGAGUAUAUUGUCAUUUGAAUGGAUGAGGACUAUUUUGAGGAACUUAUCAAUAUGAUACUGACAUCAAGGAAUCUGCCUUUAUGAGUAAUUAAUUAGAGUCAGAUUCUACCACAUCUGUGUUGUAUGUAUAUUUUGAUAGAGGAUAAGGGCCAAAUAAAAAUUCUAAGACAAAUGAAAUCUACAUGUAUGAUUUCAACUCAUUGGCAACUUUUCCUUAUUUUUAAAAGAAGUCAUGUCCUACUAUCACCUUGACAUAGUGUUUACAUCCCAAACAUAUUCGAUAUUAAAGAACAUG